AUGUCGGUGGUGCAGCAGAUAAGAUUAAUUUAAUUCCUCAAGACUUUUUUGCAGAACUGUGUGAACAAAUAAUUCAACAUCUGAACCAUAAGAUCCCAGGUGUAAAUACAGCUGAACUGUGUCAGAGAAUACAAACAUCUGGGAUUGACAUUAAUAUUGGUGACCUGGCAAAAAUAGCUAACAUUGUUUCCUUUCUCUUUAGCACAGCAGCCAGAAACAAUCUCUCUACGGAAGAACUCGUCACCGCCUUGGGCAGUGCAGUAAAUACGCUGCCAAAACACGCAGUUCAAGUCAUUCGUCAUGUCUGGAAUGAGCAGGGCAAAUCCAUUAGUGCGUCAGAAGAUGCAAGAAAUAUGGCCACAGUGGGGCAGUUUGUAGAUAUGAAGUGGAAACUGGGAGUUGCGAUGAGCUCUGACACCUGUAGGUCCCUGAAGUAUCCCUACGUUACAGUGACGCUAACAGUGGCAGACCCUUCAGGACAAAUAACAGAUAAAUCUUUUGAAAUGACAAUCCCACAGUUCAAGAACUUCUUCCGACAGUUCAAGGAAAUGGCAGCUGUUCUUGAAACAGUUUGA